UGAGAUAGAACACAACAAACACUUUCUGAUUUGAAAUUCUCGAGAGUCGACAACGGUGAAUGGAAUUUGUUUGGGGCGUGAUUUAUUGUUGAAACUAUUGUUUUUCACUCAAAUUUGUAACAAAAUCUAUGAUAAACCGAGAAGUUCAUCAGUUUAGAACUUCAAUUGCUCUAAAACAUCCAGUAACUAUAAAGUUUUCAGUUAACAAAACUAACUUCAACGAUUACUGUUACAAGUUAGGCGUGGCUCCUACUGUGAAACUUUCGAUAUUUACGUGUUGAUUCCAAACAAAAUAGGACUUUGUGAGUAAACAAAGUGCGAAAAUGGCUCCUGUAUUGGAAUCCUGUUGGUCACCAUGCAUCUGGUCGUCCGAUACGAAGAUUGGAAGCCGGGCAGUAGCCGUGUACACAAUUGCUAUGAGUUUGGUCUUGAUUACGUUUGUCGCGUAUCAAAUGGAUGGCGGUGACUCUACGCAACUUUGGAACCCACUGUUUGAAGCUGAUGUUAGAGGAUCUCUGCAAGUAUUUGGGGCAAUAUUCAUCAUAAUACUGACACUGCUUAUUGUGUUCUCCGUGCUCAUGAUAGUUGGUGUAAACAUCUACAUGCGAGGCUUCAUUCUGCCAUGGCUGCUAACUAUGGGGCUGAUCAUCGUCUUCCAACUGCUGUUUGGACUCUGGCUCCUGGGAGGAUACUAUAUUUAUUUGGAUGCUACUUUUGCUGCUCUUGUGGACUUCUUGUGGAUGGCCUACAAUUUGUAUUGCUGGCUUUGCGUGUUCUCGCAAUAUCAACUUAUAUUAGAAAUGCAAUCGCCGAAUAUAGAAAUUUUAGUGGAGUACUAACCCAGUAUGCCAAUGUUUAUUAUAAGGUAAGGUAAGGAAGAAACCAUUUUUAGAAUAAUGAAUUUUUCUUAUACAUAUAGACAAAUCAGGCAGAGAGAAUCAAGUUAACAAAAAAUUAUGUUUUAAUUAUUAUUUAUGUAUGUAUUGAAAUACAUGUUACAAUGUGUUCAGAAAUCAUUAUAAUAUGUUUAAACAUAGAAGUUAUUUUAAUUAUAAUGUGUUAUAUGAGAGGUGGUAUGCAGGUUAAUAUGGUCUCUUUAUAUCAUUGUAAUUUGAUGCUAAGAAUAUUGUAUAUUUUUCAUUACAUAUUCAAUGUGAAAAUCGGUUUUAAAAUUAAAUGUAGAUAGAUAAAUGAAAUUAUUUUUGUUUUAAAAAUAUUAGAACUUAGUAGAAUGACUUAGUAUGCCUUAAUAAAUGUGCCUAAAGAAAUAGAAUACUUAAUAGUUUGGAAAUUUUCAGUGUUUUUCGUACAUUGAACACGUUAUUUACAAUAAAGUAGGUAUUGUUAUUAAUUUGUAUAAAGCUCCACUUAUGUGUUCGGUUUUCAUAGUUGUAACCGUUUGAAAUGCUGUAAAUGCUGAACCAUAUAAAAAACAAAUAUUUAUCUCCUGCAAUACUUUUUGUAUGUUUCUGGCCUUCUAUUUAAUUGUAAUGACACUAACAUAAGUAACAUAAUUAGCUUUAAUCUGGAUGAAAACGUCCCAGUGUGGUGCAAAGCCAAUAUUUAUCAGAUCACAUACUUACAAACGAUGAUGUCCUCCUAGCUGAUUAUCGGCUACGGCGGCUGUUCCCAUUUAAGGACAUUAUCCAACUGCGCAGGACAUAUAGUGCACAAGCAUUUGCGCAGACACAAGUGCACUCACUAUUCCUUCACUCUCUGCGCCCGAUGGGACGGCAAUCCGACACGACCGGAGAGAGAUCAGGCGCAGGACUGACAUUUACGUGCUCUCCGAGGCACAGUUGUGUCACCACCAAGAACCACACUCCGGCCUGUCUGUCAGUCUUGCGCUUGAUCUCUCUGCAGUCGUGUCGGAUUGCCGUCCCAUCUGGCUAUGAGUAUGAGAGAACAGAGAGUAAGCCUGUUUCUUAGUAAACGCAACUGCACUAUAAUGCCUCAUGCAGGGGCACGAUUCUGCUAAUUUUACUUCAGCGACAUAUGAUUCACAUCCGACUGAGAUCCAAUCACGACUCAAUUACGAUUGAAGCGUAUGUGGCAUUCAGCAUUUUUUUUUUAAAUACUUAAACGUUUUUAUCCUUUUGUGAUUCAUUAAUGAAUAAUUUUAUCUGCAAAUGAUUUCCAAUUGCAAUAUGAUUGUAGAGAAAACUGCCGUUCCUAUAGGCCAAAAUGGCAGACCAAUCGCAAACCAAUCUAAUGUCGUUGGAAUACGAUUGGUCUUUUAUUAGUAGAUUCUGCUACUCCUGCCCGAUAUGGUUAUAACUGCUAUUGCAAUUCAAUUUCUAUUCAAUUUCGACAUUAUUAACGUAUCAGAAUCCUGCCCCAGAUGAAUGAUUUUCGAGAACAGCAACUAUGGCUAUAUUUAAAUUAGCCAGGAUGACAACUAUCGUACUAUUUACGGCGUUGCAUCACACUUCCGUUUUCGUCAUUAGUUAUAAGAACUGAUCGUAACUGUCCGUCCAUUUUUAUAUAUUUAAAUUUAUACAAUUGAUUGUGACUUUUAUUAUUUUAUAUUUACGAAGAACCGGUGAAUCUCAUAAAAUCAAAUUUUGCAUUUAUAUUCUUUGUACUUUAAGUAUCAAAAAGACAUUUUAUCAUAAUUUUAUUUGAUACAGUUGUAAGUUAUUUUAUAUAUGUUUACAUAGGUUUUAAAUCAUUGACAAUAAGAAAUGUAUAUUUGUAAAUUGCUUCUUUGGGACAUAUGCGAAGUUGUGAACAAUUGAAUUCAUCUUCUGAGCCUUUUCCCAACUAUAUUGGGGUCGGCUUCCAGUUUGAUUUGUAAAUUGAAUUAUGCCUUGAAUAUAAGCAUUAUCGUCAGAUUUUUUAAUAAAUAAAAUUCAAAUAUUAAAAAUAUCCAGAAGUUAAAUAAGGUAAAAUAGAGAAUAGUCCCAUUUUUUCUAAUAUAUCACGCUAACGCAUAUAUUUGCCUCGGAUUCUGAAAUAUGCCUCCAAAUUUUACACAAAUCUAAAUCACUACAUACUAAUUGUAUCAGAUCUGAAUCAUAAAACAAUGUUUUUCUUGACUGAAUAAAUAAAUGAUGUUAUUAUAA